UGAUUUACUCCACUUUCAGUCAAUAUAAAAGGUGCAUCUACAGACUAGGAAUGAAACACUCUGGAACGUUCAUCUGAUCUCAACAGCUCAUUUCAGCUUCAGCUCUCAGCUAUAUUAAGAUGGCCAGCAUCAAGGUUAUGUGUUUGACAAUCCUCUUUGCAUCUCUUGUAAUCAUGAGUGUAUCUGCGCAUCACCCCCCUGGCUCCCCGUGCUGGGAAAAGGCUGAGAGAGGGAGCUGUGAUGGCAAGGUGACCCGCUACUUCCACAACCAUGAUGAUGACAAGUGUGAGCCGUUCGUCUACAGCGGGUGCGGUGGAAAUGGAAACAACUUCAACACAUACCAAGAUUGCCAGAAGGCAUGUGCUCAUGCUCAUUAAUCAUCGACUCCUAGUCAUCAAUUAAAAUAUUGAUUGAAAUCUCAUUCUAAUGUGUACUAUACUGUAUAUAAAAACUCCUAUUCAAGUUGAGCUAUUUCAAAAAAUCAUUUAAUUCAAAUAAAAUCUAUUUAAAAACCUA